CUCGGCGACACAGCAGCAUGAAGGCAGUGGCCGCGCUCCUCCUGGUGGGGAUGCUCAUCCUCUGGGCAGAGUUGCCAACAGGCAGCGCCUGGUCCUGUCCCCCCGUACGCUUCACCUGUGCUCUGCACAACCCACGGAAUCAGUGCCUCGUCGACCGACACUGCCCCCGCGGCAAGAAGUGCUGCCGCUCCUUCUGCGGGAAAAAGUGCCUCUCCAAGCCGCCUGCCAUCCCCAUCUCCUACGCGUGAGCUCCGGCUUCCAGGACAGGCUGAGGGUCAUCCCAGCAUCCCCAUAUCAGCUCCAGGAUCCCUCCGUGACUGCUGCUGCUGCACAGUGCUCUGUUCUGCCAGCUUUCCUUCUCCCUCUGCUUCCCCACCGCCCUUCCAACAAAUAAAAGAGGCUUUCCCC